AAAUUAGCGUCGCACACAACUGUUUUGUUUACGAACGCGGGGUUAGUUUAGCUAACCGCCAACAUUCGAAAGCUUCGUUAAAAAAGCCGAACUGUCUGUGUGGAGAUGAAACCUGCAGUGGACGAGAUGUUUCCUGAAGGAGCCGGACCCUACGUGGAUCUGGACGAGGCAGGAGGCAGCAGCGGCCUGCUGAUGGACCUAGCAGCAAAUGAAAAAGCAGUGCACUCAGAUUUUUUUAACGACUUUGAGGAUCUCUUUGACGACGAUGACCUGCAGUGAUCGCAGCUUCCGAGCAUCCGUGGGAUUCUGUGAACAUGUGCAUAAAAAAGAAGCGAAGAAGAUGGGCCUCCUCUCCUAUAAUUACUGUCUUACUUGUACAUCCUCCUCUCUUAUAUGUGAUUCAGCACCAUAUUAAAAUAAAGCUGUUAUGUUUUCCCCAAAGAAACAAAAAAA